AUGCGUACAAUUCUCGUGCAUUUGCGUGAUGAUGUUAUGCGUACAAUUCUCGUUCAGCAGAGCCAUGAUGCUAUGCGUAUAAUUAUCCUACAGCAGAUCGAUGAUGCUAUGCGUGCUAUUAUCCUUAACCAGAUCGAUGAUGCUAUGCGUGCUAUUAUCCUACAGCAGAUCGAUGAUGUUAUGCGUGCUAUAAUCAUACACCGAUGCGAUGAUGCUAUGCGUGCUAUUAUCCUACAGCAGAGCCAUGAUGCUAUGCGUAAACUUAUCCUACAGCAGAUCGAUUAUGCUUUGCGUGCUAUUAUCCUACACCAAGACGAUGAUGCUAUGCGUGCUAUAAUCCUACAGCAGAGCGAUUAUGCUAUGCUUGCUAUUAUCCUACAGCAGAGCUAUGAUGCUAUGCGUACAAUUAUCCUACAGCAGAUUGAUGAUGCUAUGCGUGCUAUUAUCCUACAGCAGAUCGAUGUUGCUUUGCUAGCUAUUAUCCUACAGCAAAGCGAUUAUGCUAUGCGUGCUAUUAUCCUACAGCAGAGCGAUUAUGCUAUGCGUGCUAUUAUCCUACAGCAGAGCGAUUAUGCUACGCGUGCUAUUAUCUUACAGCAGAGCGAUUAUGCUAUGCGUACUAUUAUCCUACAGCAGAGCGAUUAUGCUAUGCGUGCUAUUAUCCUACAGCAGAGCGAUUAUGCUAUGCUCGCAAUAAUCUUACAGCAGUGCGAUUAUGCUAUGCGUGCUAUUAUCCUACAGCAGAGCGAUUAUGCUAUGCGUGCUAUUAUCCUACAGCAGAGCGAUUAUGCUAUGCGUGCUAUUAUCCUACAGCAGAGCGAUUAUGAUAUGCUAGCUAUUAUCCUACAGCAGAGCGAUGAUGUUAUGCUAGCUAUUAUCCUACACCAGAGCGAUGGUGCAAUGCGUGUUAUUAUCCUACAGCAGAGCGAUGAUGCAAUGCGUGCUACAGCAGAGCGAUGA